AUGAGUGGUGAAUCUAUUUUAUUUAUUCUUUCAGUCAUCUUGAAUGCUGUUGGAUUGUUUUUCCAAGUUUUCUUCACAAUCAUGUAUUCAGAUUUAGAAUGUGAUUACAUUAAUCCUGUUGAAUUAUGUAACAAAUUAAAUGUCUACAUUAUUCCAGAAGCUGGUUUACAUGCAUUUUUAACUGCUUUAUUCUUGGUCAAUGGUUACUGGUUUGUGUUUUUACUUAAUGCUCCAUUAUUAGCAUUCAAUGCUAAUAAAGUUUUAAACAAGACUUAUUUAUUAGAUGCUACUGAAAUUUUCAGAACUUUAAGUAAACAUAAAAAGGAAUCAUUUGUUAAAUUAGGUUUCUAUUUGUUCUUAUUCUUCUUCUAUCUGUAUAGAAUGAUUAUGGCUUUAAUUGCUGAAGAUUAG